UAAUAUUUCCUGAAAUCUGCAAACUGCAGAUCAUAUAAAAAAUGCAUCAAUAUCUGAUGAGUGACUUCGUUCAGGGAGGAUGUCUAGGCUAUCUUCGUAGCCGGUGAGCGUAACGUUAUGACGCCAGCUGUAUGUAACACAGCGUCAUUAUCAGCCUUGCCUGACCUGGGCGAUGCUGGUGCGUAUAUAUACAUGACAGCCUUCCUCUGACAGGCACACAUUCACGGCCCAUCAUAGCAGCACCAUCACCUCCUCCUUCUUCUCAAGGACCUGAUAAAAGUCUUUAAGGAUACCAGCUAAAGCAACAGUCACGGUAACUUGUCGAGGGAGUAACUCUCUGAAGAACUGGUGUUCCAGCAGACAGGGCUGUUUGUAUUGAGGCGCAUGGGCUCAGUGCUUCGCAUAAAAAAAUCCGUACUAUAAAUAUAAUUCAUGUAAAUAUAAUGAUAUAUGGUGUAUAUGUUAUCUUGUGGCAUCUACCAGAGUUCCCUCUUCUAGUGCUACUAUUACAUUAACGUUCCUUCCUCCCCUAACCAACAGCCAAUAUGAAAAGCUUCAUCGUCUCCGUGGUCCUGUGUCUGGCCUCCGCCGCCUCUGCUGCCUCCGCUGUGGAGAACGAAGACUUGGAGGAGACACCUCGUUUCGGGACUAUCACCCUAGAUAGCAGCGGUACCGCACUCACCUUCAACUCCACCUUCUUACAGUACGGUGUGAUCGCUGGCGUCGUCAUCCUCAUCAUCACCGCCCUCAUCGUCAUUCCCAUCAUUGGUUUCAGCAUCGCUAAACACUACUUAGCUGGGGGCAGUUAUGACAACUUCAGCUACAGCUACCAAAACCCUGAAUACUCUUCCUACACUAGCUACGCAAAGAGGUGAGUGGCUACCGUUAAAUACAAGCUAAAGAACCUGCCUUGUAUGGGCCUACAGGCCUGCUGCAGUGUUCC